GGGCCUUCACUCUCUUCAUCUCAUGAGCAUCUCACUCACUCAUCUCACCAUAUAUUUUUUUUGUGCUGGAGCCCUCCCCUUGGCUGCUGUUACCAUCCAUGUUUCAAUUCCUUAGCAUGUCACCCUCCUCCUCAUCUCACCACACAACACACUAGCUCCUAGCUUGGCUCUCACUCUCUCUCUAGAUCUCUCUCUCUCUCCUACUGUUAGGGUUUGCCUCCUUGCUUUAACCCCAGCAGCUAUAGCUAGCUUAGCCACCUUUUGAUUUGCUUCAAUUCUCUCUCAUGUGAGUCAUGACAUACAUUGACAUCCAACUCCACUACUAGCUAUAGAUAGCAAACAUUGUUAGCUUUCUCUCUCUAUCUCUUGCAUAGUUGAAAUACUACUGGCUCAUUUCUCACUUAGCUGCUAAGGAAUGCCACAUAAAUUAUAAAAGACACAGCACUAGUUGUGGUGUAGAGCAUUUGGAAAGAGAAGUUUGUGGUUUUCCUUCUUCCUAACACUCUUGCUUCUUCUUUCACCUGUGAGAAACUGUGAGCUAGUAGUGUUUUUAAGAAGAGAAGAAGAAGGAGAUCUAGAGAGAGGCUUGUUCAUCAUAUCACCAUGGUUUUCUCCUCGCUUCCAAUCUUCCUAGACCCUCCAAAUUGGACUCAGAUGCAGCAGCAGCCACUCCAGUGUCUCAUCGGCGGCGGCGGCAGCGACCACCACCACCUGAUGCCACCGCCGUCCGGUCUGGCGCCGCUGCCGAGCGCCGCCGGCGCGGCGGACACGGCGGCGAGCGCGCCGGCGGCGGCGGCGCAGCAGCAGCAGCCGCGGCCGGCCGUCGUGUCGAUGUCGGAGCGCGCCCGGCUGGCGCGCGUGCCGCUGCCGGAGCCCGGCACGCUGCGGUGCCCGCGCUGCGACUCGACGAACACCAAGUUCUGCUACUUCAACAACUACUCGCUGUCGCAGCCGCGCCACUUCUGCAAGGCUUGCCGCCGCUACUGGACGCGCGGCGGCGCGCUCCGCAACGUCCCCGUCGGCGGCGGGUGCCGCCGCAACACCAAGCGCUCGACCAAGAAAUCGUCGUCGUCGUCGUCGCGCCAGGGAGGCGGCGCCGGGAACGCGGCGGCGGCGGCCACGUCGUCGUCAUCCACCACCUCCACCUCCACGACGGCCACCACCUCGAGCGCCGCCGCCGCGGCGGCGGCCGCGGCGGCCGACGUGAUCGCCAGCAUGCAGGCCGGCGGCGCGCUGCUGCCGCACCACCUGAUCGGCGGCCUCCCGUCGUCCGCCGCCGCCGCCGCGGCGCUGGAGGCGUCGCUGGAGGGGUACCACCACCACCACCACGCCCACGGCCACCAACUGCCGUUCCUGCAGCCGCCGCCGUUCUUGCAGCAAGGGCUGCACGGCUACCACUUCGCCGACGGUGACGUCGCCGCCGGCGCCGCCCUGGCCGACGGCGGGUUCCCGAGGGGCGUGGCGUCGGGCCUCCUCGCGCAGCUGGCGUCCGUCAAGAUGGAGGAGCACGGCACCAACAAUGGCGGCGGCGUCGGCGGCGGCUUCGUCGGAGCGCACGAGCAGUACUGGCACGGCGGCAAUGGCGGCGGCGGGUGGCCGGCGGAGUUCUUGUCAGGGUUCAGCUCAUCGUCGUCGGGGAAUGUGUUGUGACCGUCGGGAAAAUCCAUGGAUGCCACAGAAUUAGGGUCUCCCUUAGUUUUAGGGUUAUGCAUGUGUGGCAAUGUGCUGUGUUCUUCAAUUAGGUUGGGUUUUUUAAAAAAAUUUGUGGGGUUUUACAUGCUCUUUUUUAUUUUCUUUAUUUCUGUUCUUUUGUUUUUUAAAACUUUGAGUUUGAAGGAUAGCUGCUAAAUGUGUUGUGUAAUUAGCAGCUGAUUUAGUGGGGGAAAUGCUGCAGGUGUAAAACUCAUGGAGAGGGGGUGAUAUGAGAGAGAGGUGUUAAGGUGUUACUUAACUAUACUAUGUUUAAUUGCAUGAGGAACUUUGGUAUGAAA